AUGGCAAGAUUUCUUUUGUCAAAGACAAGAUUGUACACUUCGACUAGCACCCUCCAUCUCAAGCCGUUUCCAACUUUUUCUAGUUCCAAUUCCAUAUUACACAAGAAGCCAUGCCUUCUCUUGAGUAAGCAGAGUUUGGGAUCUCAAUAUCGCCGCAGGUACUCUGGAAUGCACGAGGAUAAUAGAAAUAAAAGGACAAGCUGGAUCCUGGGAAUACUACUUACAAUAGUUCUACCCUUCGGGACAAACAAUCGGGGACCAGUUUUGAAACUUAAAGAUGAAGUUGAUACUGCAGUCGAGACGAUAGAACAUAUAACAGAAGUCGUAGAAAAGGUGGCGGAGGUGGUGGAUAAAGUGGCGGAGGACAUAGCCGAUGACCUUCCCGAAGGAGGGAGAUUUAGAAAAGCCGUUGAUUUUAUUGAAAAUGUGGCUGAAGAAACAGCUAAGGAUGCUCAUUUACUUGGAGACAUUAUCCAUAAGGUCCAAGGAUUCGAAGAAGAUGUGGAAUCCAUCGUUGAAUCUCUCCAUGGUGAAGCCAACAAACCUACCAAAGAAAUUAAGGAUACAAAAUCAUUAUCAAAAUUGUAA